GACAGACAUCUCCAAAGCUUUUGCGAGUAGUGGAUACACAGUAGUCUCCUGCUCUACUCUCCGAAACCAUGGCUGUUGUGGAGUUGAAGGUUGGAAUGCACUGUGACAGGUGCAUCAAGGCGAUUAAGAAGGCGAUAAAAACGAUCGAUGACAUGGAGAGUUAUCAACUCGAAACGGAGAUAAACAAGGUCACUGUGACAGGAAACGUCACCCCAGAGGAAGUUGUCAAGGCUCUCCAGAAGAUAGGGAAGACAGCAACUUGCUGGGGUGAAGACUGAGAGCUGAUUGUUCUCAGUCUCACUCUAACAAUCAAUUAGCUAUCUAGUUACUUGUGAGUAUUAGUUUAUCUCCUUUACAUGUUUUACAUGGAUACCAGGAGCUAUUUACACUGCAGAUGUAGCAAUAACCACAGACUGAUGCUAUGAAUUGCAGAAUUGGCUACUGCU